AUGGAGUUUGUGCGGACGCCGUGGCUCGGCCUGGCGCUGGCGCUGGCCCUGGCGCCCGGGCCCUCGGGGGGCCACCCGCAGCCGUGCGGCGUCCUGGCACGCCUGGGGGGCUCCCUGCGCCUGGGCGCCCUCCUGCCCCGCGCGCCCGCCGCCCGCGCCCGCGUCCGCGCCGCCCUGGCCCGGGCCGUCGUGGCGCCGCGCCUGCCGCACAACCUGAGCCUGGAGCUGGUGGCCGCCGCGCCGCCCGCCCGCGACCCCGCGUCGCUCGCCCGGGGCCUGUGCGGGGCGCUGGCCGAGCCGGGCGUGGCGGCGCUGCUCGCCUUCCCCGAGGCGCGCCCCGAAUUGCUGCAGCUGCACUUCCUGGCGGCCGCCACCGAGACCCCCGUGCUCAGCGUGCUGCGGCGGGAGGCGCGCGCGCCCCUCGGCGCCCCGACCCCGUUCCACUUGCAGCUGGACUGGGCCAGCCCCCUGGAGACACUACUGGACGUGCUUGUGUCGGUGUUGCGGGCACACACAUGGGAGGACGUGGGCCUGGCGCUCUGUCGCAUGCGGGACCCUGCGGGCCUGGUGGCCCUCUGGAAGAGCCGGGCGGGCCGGGCUCCGAAGCUCGUGGUAGACCUGAGUCGGCCGGACCCCGAGGACGAUGAGGAGCUGCGGGCGCGUCUGGCCCCGCUGGGUUUGGUGCCCUCGGCGGUGCUUCUGGGCUGCGAUGCCUCGCGAGCUCAGCAGGUGCUGCGGGCCGUGCCACCCGGCUCCCAUUGGCUGCUGGGCACGCCGCUGCCCGCCCAAGCCCUGCCCACCGAGGGGCUGCCCCCGGGCUUGCUAGCUCUGGGCGAGGUGGAGCGGCCCCCGCUGGAGGCGGCCAUCCAGGACGCCGUGGAGCUGGUGGGCCGGGCACUGGGCAGCGCAGCGCUCACCCAGCCCGAGCUCGCCCUUCUUCCAGCCACCGUGGACUGCUCCGACCUACCGCCCGAGGGGCCCGAAUCCUCAGGUCGUUUGCUAGCACGGUUCCUGGCCAACACGACUUUCACGGGCCGCACGGGGCCUGUGUGGGUCACCCCCAGUUCCCAGGUGCACAUGGCCCGGCGUUUCCAGGUGUGGAGCCUGCGCCAGGACCCGCGGGGCGCCCCGGCCUGGGCCACAGUGGGCAGCUGGCGUGAUGGGCGUCUGGAGACGGAGCCAGGCGGUGCCCUGCGAGCUCCAGGGCCACCUCCGGGGGCCGGGGCGCGCCACAAGCUGCGCGUGGUGACGCUGGUGGAGCACCCAUUCGUGUUCACCCGCGAGGCCGACGAGGACGGCCAGUGUCCAGCGGGCCUGCUGUGCCUGGACCCCGGGCCCGCCGACGGGGCGGCCCUGGACGCGCAUUUCGCCGCACUGGCCAAUGGCUCUGAGCCCCACGAGCUGCGCCGCUGCUGCUACGGCUACUGCAUGGACUUGCUGCAGCAACUGGCCGAGGAUGCGCCCUUCGACUUCGAGCUCUACAUCGUGGGUGACGGCAAGUACGGGGCGUUGCUUGACGGCCGCUGGACCGGCCUGGUGGGCGACCUGCUGGCUGGCCGCGCGCACAUGGCUGUCACCAGCUUCAGCAUCAACUCGGCCCGCUCGCAGGUGGUGGACUUCACCAGCCCCUUCUUCUCCACCAGCCUGGGCAUCCUGGUGCGCACCCGCGACACUGCCUCGCCCAUUGGCGCCUUCAUGUGGCCACUGCACUGGUCCAUGUGGCUGGGCGUCUUCGCAGCCCUGCACCUCACCGCACUCUUUCUCACACUCUAUGAGUGGCGGAGCCCCUACGGCCUUACACCCCGAGGCCGCAACCGGGGGACCGUGUUCUCCUACUCGUCUGCCCUCAACCUCUGCUACUCCAUCCUCUUCGGCCGCACGGGUUCCAGUAAGACGCCCAAGUGCCCCACAGGCCGCCUGCUCAUGAACCUCUGGGCCAUCUUCUGCCUACUGGUGCUGUCCAGCUACACGGCUAACCUGGCCGCCGUCAUGGUUGGGGACAAGACCUUCGAGGAGCUGUCGGGGAUCCACGAUCCCAAGCUGCACCACCCCUCUCAGGGCUUCCGCUUCGGCACGGUGUGGGAGAGCAGCGCCGAGGCCUACAUCAAGAAGAGCUUCCCAGACAUGCACGCGCUCAUGCGGCGACACAGCGCACCCACCACACCAGACGGAGUGGCCAUGCUCACGAGCGACCCCCCCAAACUCAACGCCUUCAUCAUGGACAAGUCGCUGCUGGAUUACGAAGUGUCCAUCGAUCCCGACUGCAAGCUGCUGACCGUGGGCAAGCCGUUCGCCAUAGAGGGCUACGGCAUCGGUCUCCCCCAGAAUUCGCCCCUCACCUCCAACCUGUCCAAGUUCAUCAGCCUCUACAAGUCCUCAGGCUUCAUCGACCUGCUGCACGACAAGUGGUACAAGAUGGUGCCGUGCGGGAAGCGGGCCAUCGCUGUGACAGAGACCCUCCAGAUGGGCAUCUACCACGUCUCAGGGCUCUUCGUGCUCCUCUGCCUGGGCCUGGGCAGCGCCCUGCUGGGCCUGCUGGGGGAGCACGUGUUCUUCCGCCUGGUGCUGCCGCGUAUGCGCAGGGGCAACAAGCUGCACUAUUGGCUGCACACCAGCCAGAGAAUCCACCGAGCCCUCAACCCUGAGCCGCCUGAAGGGCAGGAAGAGCCUCAAUCCAGGCCCCCCGAAGAACAGCAAGAGGACACUCCGGCGGUCAGCACAGGUGCGCGGGGCUGGAGCCGGGUGCGCCGGACCGUGGUGCGGGAGCGACGGGUUCGCUUCCUGUUGGAGCAGCCUGCGGAUGCCCCAGCCAUCGAGGAGGACAAGGACGCCGAGGUGGAGGCAGCCUCAGAGCCUGAGGCUGGGCUGGGGCCAGCGGGCCCCGAGCGUCUCUGCUCCAACGGCCGCCCACCGGCUGGGCGCCACCGCGAGUUGCAGGAGCUGGAGCAGCGCAUCGAGGGCGCACGCGAGCGGCUCCGCCAGGCCCUGCUGCGGCGUGGGGAGCUUCUGGCUCAACUCCGGGACCGGCCACCUCGGCUGCUCCGAGCCUGCACUGGCGGCGCCACCCCCGAGACAGCGCGGUGACACCCCGUGACACCCCUCCGCCCGCGACCCCAUACAACCAUGCAGAGGCGGUCGGUGGGCGCUGUCCACGACAGUUUAUUCUCUAUACAAACACAAUUGUACACUGCAAUUAAAUAGAAUGGAAUGGG